GACAAUGAUGAUUUGAUAACUAAUAUUUUUUUGGGCAGAUGCAAAAAUGAUGGAAUCGUUUUCUCACUUUGGUGAUGUUGUUUGCUUUGACACAACUUAUAGAAAAAAUCAUGAUUGUAGGCCUUUUGCAAUGUUUGUUGGGGUAAACCAUCAUAAACAAACCACUUUAUUCGGUGCAGCAUUACUAUAUGAUGAAACUUGCGAAACUUUUAUAUGGUUAUUUGAUACAUUUUCAGAAGCAAUGUUGGGAAAAAAGCCAAAAACCAUUCUUACGGAUCAAAAUACAGCAAUGGCCAAUGCCUUAGAAUCACAAUGGCCGGAAACUUAUCAUCGUCUAUGUAUUUGGCAUAUCUAUCAAAAUGCAGCAAAACACCUUAGUAGUGUUUUUCAAAAAUUUCGUCAAUUUGCAACAGAUUUUGGUGACUGUAUAUAUGAAUUCGAGGAAGAAGAUGAAUUCAUUGAAGUUUGGAAGAAGAUGCUUGAAAGAUAUAAUCUCAAAGAUAACGAUUGGUUGGAACGAAUGUUCAAAUUAAAAGAGAAAUGGGCUUUGGUAUAUGGUAGAGAUAGUUUUUGUGCAAAUAUGACAACUACUCAACGGAGUGAGAGUAUGAAUAAUGUUUUGAAACAUUAUGUUAGCUACCAACAUAGUAUGUUGCGGUUUUUUCAACAUUUUGAAAGGUUGGUUGAUGAUCGUCGUUAUGAAGAGUCCAAAGCAGACUUCAAAACAACUCAACGUAAGUUACCACCAUCUCUUCCAAUUGAUAUUCUAAAUCAUGCUGCAACUGUAUACACCCCAUCAAUUUUGAAAAUGUUUGAAUUUGAGUUUUCAAAAGCAUAUAAUUGUGUUAUGGAGAUUUGUUGUGAGUUAGGAAUGAAAAAAAUAUACAAGCUCACUCCUAAUGGAAAACGUUUCCAUCAUACAGUUAACCAUGACUCAUCAAAUGACACAGUGACAUGUAGUUGCAAGAAGUUUGAGUUUGCUGGAAUAUUGUGCUCACAUAUUCUUAAGGUUUUUUCUUCCCGUAAUAUAGGAAAAAUUCCUUCUCAAUACAUUUUGAAAAGAUGGACAAAGUAUGCCAAGACAGGCACUAUAACUUUUAGAUAUGAAAAUACACAUCUUGAUGAUCCUAAAACAUGCAUGGCAAGACGUUACAAAGAAUUAAGUAGAGCUUACACACAAAUCUCAACAAGGGGAUCGAUAUCUGAGAAUGCUUAUAAAGUUGCUAUACAAGGUUUUAAACGAACAUUCGAUGAUGUUGAGGCAUGUUUACGAGGAGAAGAAAUUCCUGGAAUAUAUAAGAAUGAUGUUGGCAAUCCAAUUGACACCAAGUUAAAGGGUGUGAAGAAAAAAGGCAAAAUGAGUGGUAAAUCUCGUAGACCAAAAGGUGUUCUUGAAAAGAGCAAGAAAAAGAAAAACAUUUCCCAUCAAAAUUUAUCAGUAGAAGAGGUGUUGUCUAAUCAUAACGCGGCUCCAAUUGAACCAAAUAUAUCAAGUUCAUUUCUCACAUCACCUUUUCAUUUUAGUCAAGUUUCAUCAAGUUUGAAUAUGAAUGGAGAGUUCAACAAAAAUACAUCACUUGCUCCUGAUGAAUUUGAACACUGAUUUAAAUCUAUUCAUUAUAUUCUAUUUUUUGAAGUUUACUCUCCCCGUUAUCUCUUUUGGUGUGUAUUACUUUCAGUUAGUAGUUGUUUUCAUUUUGCCUUAAAAAAUUGUGUUAAUUUCUUACUUACCUUCAUCCAUUGAAAUGGUAAUCAUUGUUUGGACUCUUUUAUUGCAAUA